CCGACUAGACAUACAAAACUCAAGAAGGCUGAUAUUCUGAAAAUGACGGUGAAACAUAUACAAACGAUGCAACGACAGCAUUUGAGCACGGCUGUCGUUAACAAUCUGACGAUGCUACCAAAAUUCUGUUCUGAAUUUUCCGAAAGUGCUACCGAAGUAUUGCGAUAUAUCAACUACCUCGAUCCCGCUAUCAAGCAACAAUUGGUAUCACACUUGAACAACUGCAUGAGUCAUCUUCAGCAAAUGGCGCCGUUCUACAAUCACUACGUGUCCUACAUACCGGAACGCCUCUAUCCGGAGGUAAAGGUCGGUUUCCAGAGCGAUUUCCAGAAUGGAGAUAAAACUAACAACGGUAGCGCGAGAAUACAGAUACCGCAUGAUUUGCAUGGAGUUCACUUAAACCCCAGUCGACUGCCGACCGACGAAUGGCCACUCUUGGUAUCGCAAUCCGCCGGUAUCUUUGCGAAUUUCCCGCCAACCACGGAUACAUCUACCAGGAUUGGUCAAUCAGCUUUCACCGCGAUUCAGAGACCGCACAGCCGGCUGCUGAACCCUUCGACUUCCACGUCUAGCUACGGCGACGGAAGUUAUCACUUAGAACAUCCGCAUGCAUCGUCACCCAAUCAUCAUCAGCCGCAACAUCGAUUCAAGUUACUGGAGCAAAGUCCUGCGUCGUCAAAGAGCUUUUUGUCUUCAUCGGAGACCCAGAAAUCUCACAUUAGCUCGAGUAGCAAGCGAAAGUCGCCGACCACAACAUUUCUGGAACCUAAGCUCAAGGAUAAUGUCGCUACUAAAAAAAAUUCCGCAGAAAGUACGGAGAGUACUAGUCAUAGUAGCGGCUUUGCAGUGCACAGCUUGCGACUACCCUUUUCCGUGAUUACAGACAAGACUUAUUAUCGCGCUCCGAAUAGCUCGUUGCUCGUGCAAGACAGUCUUAGAAAACGGUCUCAUUCCAACGAGAUUUUGGCAAUUUCAGAUAAGAGACCGAGAUAUCAGGGACCCACUAGUUCGUACUUCUCAACAAAUAAUGUCGACGCGCUUAAAAGCACAAAUGAACAUUUGAUUACGGCCGAGGAUUUGCCGGCAAGUCAAAAUUAUCAGACUUCACGAAACACAAAUACAAAUUCCAAUAAGUUUUCAAUAAGACCGGCAGGUCCUUCCGGUUCUAAUAACGACAUGUGGAGACCUUGGUAA